AAAGACGCAGGGGAUCCUCCUGCGGGGAAAGAGAAACUGAAAGAACGAGUGUGAGUUCAGAGCAGUGAUCGUCGGGAGGAGGUUACUUUCACUAUGUCGUCAGACGAGGACUUCUCUCUGGUUCCGGAUUCACAAUCCGAGGACACCUUGGAGGGGAUUAAGGCUUCAAUCAAAAACUACAAGAAAAAGUAUGACCAGCUGAUGGAGGAGACAAAGGAGCUGACUAAAACUAUACAAGACCGGCGAGAUCUGAAGCAGCAGUUCAAACACCGCACUGACAAACUGACCCAGGAUCUGGAAGCUGACAAACGCUCCUACGGAGACCAGCUAGCCAAUGAAAAGUCGAAGCUGGAUCUGCUAAAGCAGGAGGAGCUCAAACUGGUGGCGGAGAUCAAGGAAACUAAUGCUGCUAUUAAGGAGGAAGAGGCCAAUAAGAAGCACCUGAUGCAACAGGCCGACGUGUUCACCUCUGUACCAGAGAGGGACAUGGUCUUCAAGGGAGCGACUGGAAAUGCAAACAACAAGCAAGAGUUUGAGAUGAAGCCACAUAUCGUUUACCCGAUGGAUGGCGGGACGGCGCUGAUUACCUUCGAGGAGGAAGUCGUGGCAAGGAAGAUUCUGGAACUGAAGAAGCAUCAGGUGGAUCUGGGAGGAGAGUGCAGCAUCACAGUGGAGGCCAGGCCGGUUCAUCUGAUGCUGCCCAAGCUGGUGGAGAUCGACUCUGAGGUUUCUUCUCAGCGUAUUUUAAUCUCCAACCUGCCCAGAAUGGAGACCGAGACUCUGGUGGACAAGCUGGAGAUCCAUUUCUCCAAAACUAAAAAUGGAGGCGGUGAGGUGGCGGACUGUGAAUACCUGUCUGACUCUGAGACGGUGGUCCUCACGUUUGCGGAGAACAUUGCCAAACGUGUGGUACAAAAUGAGUUCCAUGACUUGAGUGUCCAAAAGAAGAAGCACACAGUGAGAGUGACGCCUUUCCUCAACGGGAAAAUUUCAAACCUGAAGACCAAGAUGACGCAGUGUCCUCGGGCGGUAAUGCUGACAGGAAUACCCGACAUCAUGGAGCGGGAAACUCUGCAGGACCUGCUAGAAAUCCACUUCCAGAAAAACACCAACGGCGGGGGAGAAAUCGAAGCUUUCCUCUACAACCCGCUGGGAGAGCACACCUCUGCUGUGUUUGGAGGCGUCACACCAGACUCUGAGGAUGAGGAACAGUAGAUCCACCACUGCUGCUUGGACAAAGGUUCAGGGUUAAUAUCAUCUACCAGAAAUGAGGACCGGAACUUGUUUUUGUCCCUUGCUUGAGGGAAGUCAGCAUAAAUUUAUAAAAGUUAUUAUUCAAAGGGGAUUUUUGGCGUCAGAAAAAGUGGGUGGUAAUUUUUCUAUGAUUGCAGAGAUUCAAGUGAAAGUGUAUCUAUAAAGUAUUUAACCUGGGUAAAUACUGUGGUAUUAUAGUCAUGCAAUACAUCUAUAUUGCAUUUACAUAAACUGCUGAUGAAACAAUUUCCAGUCUUAGUGCAGACAAAUGUAAAAUAUUAAACUGUAUGAAAUGAAGUUUUUUUCCUGCUAAAAUAGAAAAAAAAAAAGUUUAGUAGUUGUGCCAUAUCUCAUUUUUUUUCUUUCUGUGAAAAAGAUGGCGGCGUCCAUCUUUAGUUACUGGAGAAGCGUCUGGAUUUCUGUAUGCAAAGCAACUGAAUUACUUAUUUUUAAGAAGAUUGCCUUGUUGGAUGUCGUGGGCUCCAUUUUAUUGUAUUCAUAAAAGAAUAAAAGUUAAUUGUGAGAAAAUC